GUAGCUGGGAUUACAGGCAUGUGCCACCAUGCCUGGCUAAUUUUGUAUUUUUAGUAGAGACAGGGUUUCUCCAUGUUGGUCAGGCUGGUCUCGAACUUCUGACUUCAGGUAAUCCACCUGCCUCAGCCUCCCAAAGUGCUGGGAUUACAGGUGUGAGCCACCACACCUGGCCAAGGCAAUCGUAUUAAUAGCUCACUGCAGCCUCAAACUCCUGGGCUCAAGUGAUCCUACCGCCUUAGUAGCUAUGACUGUAGGUACACACCACUACACCCUACUAAUUUUUGUGUUUUUUGUAGAGAUGAAGUUUUCUAUGUUGCCUAGGCUGGUCUCAAACUUCUGGCCUAAAGUGAUCUUCCCACCUUGGCCUCCUAAAGUGCUAGGAUUACAAGUGUGAGCUACCUCACCUUGCUGGGAUUGGAGAUCUUUUAAGUGUUUAGACUCACUGUUGGACUUUUCCUAGCCACAUUGCUUUAAAGAUUUUAUCUGUUACUCCUGUGAUUUCAAGUACUUUUUUUAUGUCUAAAACUCUUCAGGCCACACCUCUCUCCUCUCUUUCAGCUAUGUAUGCCCUGUUCUACUUUCUGUUUAGAUAUUUGAGACUAAAGAUAACUUACUCCUUUCCAGACCAGUGUAACCACUGUCACUAAAGGUCACUGUCGUCACCCAAAACUGGCUAAUUAUCCUUGAUAUCUCCCUCUCUCACCCCUCCCACCAAUAUUCAUUCAUUCUGGUUGAUCCUUUCUCUUAAUUCAGUCCCCAUACUGGACUACUGAAAUAGCCUCACAAGGGAUCUUCAAGCCUUCACCUUGCCCUCCCACUCCCCACCACUAUGCAUAUUAUCUGUUGCUGUAGACAGAGGAAUGUGUUUCCUUAAAACAGUGGAUCUAACCAUGUCAUGUAUUCUAUCAAACUUUUUCAAAUCCUUAUUAUGGCUUUCUCUUCACUUUAGGAUAAAGUCAUUAAAAUGUUUUUUAGGGUUCUGUUUGAACUGGCUUGCCUCAGGCUUUAUGUCUCAUUUCUGGUGUUUAAUACUUGGGCAUUACUAUGUCUCCUUUAUUCCUCCAAAGUACUGAGCUUGAUUCCUUUUGUAUGUUCAUUUUGUCUCUCUUUUCCCUUUCACACGUCUAAAGGGGACCCAGACUAUAUUAGGUCCCCUCUGCUUUACAUUCUGUAGCACCCCAUACUUGCAGUUUUGUAACUCCCAUAUUUGAAAUGAUUCAUUUAAUGUCUUUGUCCAGCUAUGACACAAGUUGGAGCCAGAUAGGGGGUCUGGCUUCUUUUUCCAGCGUCUAGCACUGAUUAGUCACCCAAAUGCCACUCUGCUUGCAUGAGUCUCUGAGUCUCUGUAGGAUUGUAUAGUAGCUUACUGGUCCCUUUAUGUUCUUCCCGUGAAUGAGAAUCAGGAAAACCAGGUAGGAUCAUCUUCUUCUCCUUUUUUUUUUUUUUUUUUUUUUUUGAGAUGGAGUCUUGCUCUGUCGCCCAGGCUGGAGUGCGAUGGCGCAAUCUCGGCUUACUACAAUGUCUGCUUCCUGGGUUCAAGUGAUUCUCCCGCUUCAUUCUCCUGAGUAGCUGGGAUUACAGGCACCUACCAUCAUGCCCAACUAAUUUUUGUAUUCUUAUAGAGACAGGGUUUUGCCAUGUUGGCCAGGCUGGUCUCAAACUCCUGACCUCAGGUGAUCCACCUGCCUCGGCCUCCCAAAGUGCUGGGAUUACAGGUGUAAGCCACUGCUCCCGGCCAAGGAUCUUCUUAAACCUUUAAAACUCAAUGCAGAGAAGCACAGACUUCACUGAGAAGUCCACAAGACCAAGCUUUUUAUGUACUUGAGCAGACUUAUUUUAUUCCUUCAUGUCUUCCAAGUUCUUGACUCUGGUAAAAUCAUAUCUGGAUCUUCCCUUUUUCCUUGAAUAAUGCUGCCAGUUCUGCUUCUCACUUCAAGGUUAAAUGGAGAGAGAUUUUUGAAUGAACAGUUUUGGUAUUGACAUUUUUAAAAAGCAGAAUUUACAGAAACUGGUAUUUUUGCAACUUUUUUGUAAGUCAAAACUUAUUUCACAGUUAAAUUUAUUUCUGUUUCUUUUUAACUGCAGCCUAUCCUCUGACACUGAGCUAUACCUGAAGAAAAACUGUUUAAUUGAUAUGACAUCUUGAAGAAGGGACAAUUAGUGUGUCUCUAGUUUGUAUCAAGUAGAUAGCAUUCCCUAACACUAUCUCAGCUCUUUGGCAUUUGGUAGAAGUGGGUAAAUCAGACUUACUGCACAAGCUUUGCUAUGAGGACAUUUUGCUAUACAACUUUUAACUAUAUUAACUGGCUUUUCAUAUAGAUUAUUGUAUGAUGGCCAGAGUGUACUAAUUGAUGUGCAUAUUCCUAUUCAUUUAAUCUUUAUCAUUAUAAAAAGGUAAUGAACAACAUUCUGAUUUACUUAUCAAGUGCUUAAAUAUUUGAUAGUAUGUUAGUCUGAUGUUACCACUUCUUGAACAGCUAACAAAUGGGGUGUGAACCUAGGAGGCUACAAGCCAAUGCUGAUUUUUGUGGAUGCUUCCACAUUGUUAUCCUGAGAGUUAUUGUGUGUGUUAUUAGAUAGUGUCCCUAGGCAACAGAUCUUUGUUUUUGUUCUGUUUACUGGGACAGUAAUAUUCCCUCCCUCCCUGCACAUUUUUUCCCCAUGAGCAGGGCGCCCAGUUUUCCAGACCUGAAGUGUUUUCCAGUCAAAGCGAAGAGACGAUCUGUGGAUGCUGAAUAUGCAAGGAGCUGAAGAGAGAGACAUUAGAAGAGAGACUUGUCCAGGCUGGGUAAACAAGAACAAGCCUGCUCCAGAGCAGGAUGUCUGUAAAAUUGACUCAUCAGGGAUAGCAGGAAAGAGGUUCCAAGAGGAUGAAUACCAAGAUUCUACAUUUGAAGAAAAAUAUGCAUGUGAGGGCAUGAAGGAAAAGUCUCCUAGGGAGAUUGCUGAAUCAUGCCUUUUCCAGGAAGGCGGUUUUGGGGGAAUAACUUUCAUCCACAAAGAAGCACACCCUGAAAUUAUUAGUCAAGGAUAUAAUUUUGAGAAAAGCUUGCUUUUGACCUCAAGCCUUGUUACACGUCUCAGGGUUUCUACAGAAGAGAGUCUGCAUCAGUGGGAAACAAGUAAUAUACAAACCAAUGAUAUUUCAGACCAAAGUAAAUGUCCAACUCUCUGCACACAGAAAAAAUCUUGGAAGUGUAAUGAAUGUGGAAAAACCUUUACUCAGAGCUCAUCCCUUACCCAACAUCAGAGAACUCAUACUGGAGAGAGACCCUACGCAUGUGAGGAAUGUGGGAAAGCCUUUAGUCGUAGUUCAUUCCUUGUUCAACAUCAAAGAAUUCACACUGGAUUGAAACCAUAUGGAUGUGAGCAGUGUGGGAAAACAUUUCGAUGUCGAUCGUUUCUUACUCAGCAUCAAAGAAUUCACACUGGAGAGAAACCUUAUAAAUGCAAUGAAUGUGGGAAUUCCUUCCGCAAUCACUCACAUCUCAUUGAACACCAGAGAAUUCACACUGGAGAGAAACCUUAUAAAUGUAAUAGAUGUGGGAAGGCAUUCAAUCAGAAUACACACCUUAUUCAUCAUCAGAGAAUUCACACUGGUGAGAAGCCUUACAUAUGCAGUGAAUGUGGCUCUUCUUUUCGAAAACACUCAAAUCUUACACAACAUCAGAGAAUUCACACUGGGGAAAAACCCCAUAAAUGUGAUGAAUGUGGGAAAACUUUCCAAACAAAGGCAAACCUCUCUCAGCAUCAGAGAAUUCAUACUGGAGAGAAACCCUACAAAUGUAAAGAAUGUGGCAAAGCCUUUUGUCAGAGCCCAUCUCUUAUUAAACACCAGCGAAUUCAUACUGGAGAAAAACCAUAUAAGUGUAAGGAAUGUGGCAAAGCGUUUACUCAGAGCACCCCACUCACUAAACAUCAGAGAAUACACACAGGGGAGAGACCCUACAAAUGCAGUGAAUGUGGUAAAGCCUUCAUUCAGAGCAUUUGCCUUAUUCGGCAUCAGAGAAGUCACACUGGAGAAAAACCCUAUAAAUGCAAUGAAUGUGGAAAGGGCUUUAAUCAGAACACCUGCCUCACUCAGCAUAUGAGAAUUCAUACUGGAGAGAAGCCCUAUAAAUGUAAAGAAUGUGGGAAAGCCUUUGCUCAUAGCUCAUCUCUUACUGAACAUCAUAGAACUCACACUGGUGAGAAGCUCUAUAAAUGUAGUGAGUGUGAGAAAACCUUCCGCAAGUAUGCACACCUUAGUGAACAUUACAGAAUUCACACUGGUGAGAAGCCUUAUGAGUGCAUUGAGUGUGGAAAGUUCUUCAGACAUAGUUCAGUCCUUUUCAGACAUCAGAAACUUCACAGUGGUGACUAAUGCUGCCAUUUAGGUUAUGACAGUUUCUCUAGUGAGGAUGACUACGAAUCUGACUGGGAGUAGAGGGGCAGAUAGAGUUCCUGGAGGGAAGGAUGAAGGAGCUUUGGCUACUGUACUCAGAGGAAUGUUUCCAGAAAUGGAGGUGGGAGCUUAGGGAAUGCAGAGCCUACUUGAGGUGGGCAUCUGGGAAUACAGGGUAGAAAGAAAUUCCUGCUUUUGAGAUAAAGCCUACACAUUGCCACUGUCUCCCCGUGUGACUCUUACAGCUUGAGGAGGCAUUUGUUAAGUUAGCAUUUCUGUUCACUUUACUACACCCUGUCCCAUCUUCUGACUUGUCACCCAUUUUCGUUGGCUGGCAGAUUGAGAUGUUUGUCUUAAACACUGCCUGUCAAUGUGAAGUGGCACAGUUCUGAUGUAGUGCUAAGUCUAAGAAGCCUCCAGAUUUGAGGUAGCCCUGACCAUGCUACCAUGGGGGAGGCUCCCAACCUGUGGAAGUCGUCCUGUGAAAAGGAGACAGAAACAAGAGCCAAAAAAAAAAAAAAUCCAUACCCAUUCAUUAAAAAAAUAAGGAGAUAUAAAGCAACAACUGGGCUGACCUCUAUAGAUCUGCCAGUAAAGAAGGUCUUUCUUUCAUUAUCAGGGUGAAGGUCUUUCCUGAUUCUUCCAAGCUUUGAGGUGACUCAGAGCUAAGAAUGAAACGGGAGACCAAGUUAGAAUUCAUGAUGUUGGUUUAUGGGAAGGCAGUCAUACCUGUUCAGAGAACCAGGAAGACUCAAUAUCUAUCUCAGAGGAAUAAUGGUUACCUAGGAAAGAAAUGGUCUGCUAGAGUGAUAAGACUCAGAACAGAAGUCUGCAUGUGACUGAGCAAGUCACCUACAUAACCCUGCCUGUACUAAGGUGUACACCUGUCUAUUGGAAGUUUGCCUAGGCUGUUGGUGUAUAGAGACCAGAGGGGAGAGACCCACUAGGACUAACAGUGUCCUAACAAAAUGAUACUUAGUUUGUUGGUCUUUAGGAGAAAGCAUUAGUGAUGAAAGAAGAAAGAAUUUUCAGUUGGUUGGACAUUGGGGCCACUUAAAGUAUUGACAUUUGUCAUGGAAUGACUUUGGAAAGACUUCUAAAAGAAUCUUUUUCAAAUCCCUGAAAAUCAGGAUAGCACAUUUUGCUACUGACUGUGACAGUACUUUAUUCUUUUGAGAGAAAUGACAUAGUUUUCCCUUUAUUUGCCAAAUUCCUUUCAUGUUCUUAACUGCUACCCAGAAAUUGAGCUCCAGAAGAUUGAGGAUAGCCUUUGAUUUGUAUUUAAAAUAAUUUCUAAGCUGUGAAGCUUAUAGCAUUUUUAAAGUAUGGCUAUUAAAAACACUAAAUUAAGUUGAUUCUGGAAUACUUUGUUAUUUGGAACUCAUCGAUUUUUUUUUUUUUUUUUUUUCUAGAGCAGUUGCCUUGUAGGGAUAGGUUUGGGCCAUGAAUUACCAUUAAUGGGAAUAUGGUAUAAAUAUAUAUCUUUUUCACUUUCUAUGAAGAUUAUAUUCUUAAAACCUACCACCAGUGAAGUCAUAAUUGAGAAGAUUAAUACAUUAUGGGUAAAAAUAAUGCUGUAAAAGCUUUCUAAAUAUGUUUGUGAAAAUAUUAUUUUACCAAAAGCAAAAAUGUAUUUAUACCUCCUAGAUAAAAACUGCAUAAUUACUGGCACA